CACAUUUUCUCAACUCCUACCAUCCCUAUAUACAUACUACACUAGUACACAACUUAAUACAUGCAUUUUAAAUCGACCCAACAGAAAAAAUACAUUUCAAAGAAAUUCAAAAAAAUGGUUUCUGAUCAAAAUGGAUAUGUUUCAAAACGUGUAUGCGUAGUUGGAGCAGGUCCAUCGGGGUUGGUGGCAGCAAGGGAGCUGAAAAAAGAAGGCCAUGAUGUAAUUGUUUUGGAACAAAAGCAAGAGAUUGGAGGUCAAUGGCUUUAUGAUCCAAAUGUUGAAGAUGAAGAUCCACUUGGAAAGGGUUUGAUCCGAAAGGUUCAUAGCGGCGUUUACGCAUCUUUACGGGUGUUUGCUCCGAGGGAAGCCAUGGGUUUUCCUGAUUUUCCGUUUGUUGUGAAGGAAGGCGGGGAUUGUAGGAGACAUCCAGGCCAUAGUGAAUAUCUUGAGUACUUAAAAGAUUUUUGUGAGGUUUUUGGGUUAAGGGAUUUCAUUAGGUUUAAUACUCGGGUUGAAUAUGUUGGAAUGCUGAAUUAUGAGGGAAACAAUGGUGAUGAUAUUAAAGACUUGAAAUGGAUUGUGAGAAGUGUUAAUUUAAAGAAGCAAACGAGGAAGCGCGACGACGGUGAUGAGAAGGCCGCGGCGGCGGUGGCGGCUGAAGAACUGUUUGACGCGGUGGUCGUCGCCAACGGCCAUUAUUGUCAGCCUUAUUUGUCUCCCAUCAAAGGCAUGGAGGAUUGGAAAAGGAAGCAGAUGCACAGUCAUGUUUACAGAACUCCAGAUCCAUUUAAGAAUGAGGUUGUGGUUGUUGUUGGAAAUUCGCAAAGUGGGCAGGAUAUAUCAAUGGAGCUAACAAAAAUGGCGAAAGAAGUCCAUUUCAGCGCCAAGGAUAAGAGCGUGACAGAGGGCCUAUUAAAAGUCAUUUCCAAAUGUAGCAAUCUUCAUCUUCAUCCAGUGAUAGAUUCGAUGUAUGAAGAUGGACGAGUAGUAUUUAUAGACGGUAAUUCAAUCAUUGCGGACACAAUCAUAUAUGCUACCGGCUACUCCUAUUCGUUUCCAUUCUUGGAUACCAAAGGAAUAGUGAAAGUGAAUGAUAAUAGAGUUGAACCUCUUUACGAGCACACAUUUCCUCCUUUGCUUGCUCCUUCUCUUUCUUUCAUUGGGAUUCCAAAAAUGGUGUUACUCCCAUUCUUUGAGUUACAAGCAAAAUGGAUUGCCCAAGUUCUCUCAGGAAAAAAGAAGUUGCCCUCAUUUGAACAGAUGAUGAUAUCUGCCCAAGAGUUCUAUCAUUCUAGAGAUUUAUCCAGCAUUCCAAAGCAUUACACUCAUGCUAUCAUACCAUACGAUGGUUUUGAGUAUUGUGAUAAAUAUGCAGAUUUCUCGGACUCACCACAUUUAGAAGAUUGGAAGAAAGAGUUAGUUUUGUAUAGUGCAUCGAAAUAUUUCACUGAUUUGGAGAACUUUCGUGAUUCAAACGACCAUGACCACAAGAUGCUUCAAUUGGCUCAACAAAUCUAUAAUUACACUAAAGUUUAGAGUUCAAACUUCUUUAUGUUUUUGCAUGUAUCGAUUAUGGUAAUGAGAAACAUCACAAAAUCUUUUAAUGUACGUUUGGGAUUUCGAUUGUCAUCUAUAUAAAU